ACCAAUUACCAAGUCAUAAUUACUUCUUUUUUACGCACCAAUUGACAAAUAUAAUUUAAGCGACUGUGUAAACAGUAUUUGCAUUAGUUCAAAUAAAAUUAUGGCUCCUAAACCCGAAGAAACUUUCUCGCCGACUGGUGUUCUUUAUGAAAACGACGAAGUAAUUAUAACUGAGAAAAUACCAGAAAAAUCCACCACUACCACGGGCAAGCAAGAAAUAAUAUGGAGCAACCUAAUAAUACAAAUAGUGAUUCAUAUAUUUGCCCUAUGGGGUUUGGUGAGAAUAUUCACAUCCGCAAAACUAACCACUACAAUUUAUGGAUUUAUCAUUUAUGAAAUCUCUAUGAUGGGAACAAUGGCUGGAGUUCACAGAUUGUGGGCGCAUAGAACCUACAAAGCAAAAUUACCCCUAAAACUUCUACUAGCAGUUUUUGCCACAUUAGCAGCACAAAAAUCCAUAAUUGACUGGGCUAGAGACCACAGAGUGCACCACAGAUACUCUGACACCGAUGCCGAUCCUCACAAUGCCAAACGCGGCUUUUUCUACGCCCAUUUCGGUUGGCAGUUUAUGAAAAAACACCCUGAAGUGAUUAAAAAAGGCACUUCUGUUGAUUUUUCCGAUUUAUUCGCAGACCCUAUUCUCAGUUUCCAGCACAAACAUUAUUGGCUCUUGCAGUUUACGUCAUACCUUCUGCCAGCUUUUAUACCGAUGUUAUUGUGGAACGAAACAUUUUUCAAUGGUUUUUGCAUAAACUGGUUGCGUUAUGAACUUGGAAUCCAUUCUACGUUCUCGAUAAACUCGUUUUCGCAUCUGAUGGGUCAUAAGCCAUAUGACAAAUAUAUUGGUCCAACAGAAAACCUCUUCGUGUCCAUAAUAUCUCACGGAGAAGGUUGGCAUAAUUACCAUCACACGUUCCCCUGGGAUUACAGAGCUGGCGAAAAAGGUCAAUGGAACCCUGCAUUAUAUUUCAUCAAUUUUUUCGCCAAAAUUGGUUGGGCUUAUGACUUGAAAAAAGCAAACGCAGGGUCUGUUGAAAACAGAUUGAAAAAGACUGGCGAUGGAUCUCGUCAAUGAAGACUGUUAAAAUUUAUAUAUUUUUUUGAAAAUAAACUUAUUUCUUUUUUAAAAUA